AUGGGUAAAGGCUUAGCUGGGAAUACAGUGUCAAAAGUACUGAAAGAUAUUGACAAGGCCUUAGGACCUUUGGGUCUCGACUAUUGGGUGUUGAUGGAAGAAUUUGCCAAAGCUUCUGUUCAAGUUAGUUUGAGUCGAAAUGUUGGUAUUGCUGUUUAUCAUGUUGUGGAUCUUUUCGCCCAUUGGAAAAAAACGAGUUUUAUUUAA